ACAUAAUUUUGGGGUUUCAUAUUAGCCUUACAGUCGCUGCUAACAACGGUUUUACUCCCGACUUUGACCAAGUUUGCCCAUCAGUUUAUGUAGGCAGACAAUAGGUGCAACCUUUACUCUCGAGGCUGUAAGGUGAUGCAAGAAAUCUUCAUUUAAACCAAGUAAUAUACUUGCGCCCUAGGAAAAUCGACCUCGAGCCGACCAAGCUGAUACGUUGAACUUGGGCGCGGGUUAUCCGGAAAGAUACCUCGGCAUCUUUUUCCCACGCUACGGCAGUCGAAUCGCGCGGGGAAAAAAAGCUGCCCCUAAACUCGAAACUCGGCCUUUCUCUCCACACUUUCAUUUCUCGAAAUACACGUCCCUUGCACCUGCUUUGCAUUUGCCUUGUUUUUUUUUUGGUUAUAAUAACCCUACAGCUAGCUAUACACUUAUCGGCUUCAUACUACCCUACCCGACACCAUGCGUGCCGUUCAAGUCAAAGAAUAUGUCAAGGGCCCACUAGACCUCACAGUGACCGAAGUCCAAACCCCGACCCCGUCGGCCGACAACUACCUAAUCAAGAUCCACUCCGCCGGCACCAACUUCUUCGACAUCCUCCAAAUCCAAGGCAAAUACCAACACCAGCCACCCCUCCCCUGGAUCGGCGGGUCCGAAUUCGCCGGCACCGUCGCCGCAGUUCCCACCGCCCCCUCCUCGUCGCCUCGCUUCCGCGUCGGCGAUCGCGUCUUCGGUGCGACCCAGGGCGCUUAUGCCACCCACGUGCUCGCCCCGGAGACCUCCCUCCUCCCCGUGCCGAACGGGUGGAGCUUCGAGGAUGCGGCGGGCCUCUUCGUGACCGCGCCGACCUCCUACGGGAGCCUGGUGCAUCGGGCCGGUGUGAAGGCGGGCGACUGGGUGCUCGUGCAUGCGGCGGCCGGCGGCGUGGGACUGGCCGCUGUGCAAAUCGCCAAGGCCAAGGGGGCGACCGUCAUUGCGACGGCGGGGACGCAGCGUAAGCGGGAGAUUGCGAAGGAAUUCGGCGCGGACUAUGUUAUCGAUUAUACGGAUAAGGCGUGGCCGGAGGAGGUGAAGAAGUUGUGUGCGACGCAUCGGCAGGGCAAUGGCAAGGCCGGUGUGGAUAUCGUUUAUGAUCCCGUUGGCAUGAUCGAGGCCAGUCUGAAGUGUGUGGCGUGGAAUGCGAGGUUGUUGGUGAUUGGCUUUGCGGCUGGCAAGAUUGAGAAGGUUGCGCUCAAUCGGGUGUUGUUGAAGAAUGUCAGUCUGGUGGGAUUGCACUGGGGACAGUAUGCUAAAUUUGAGACGGAGACUGUGGGUGAGGUGUGGAAGGGCAUCUUUGAUCUUGUUGCGCAGGGCAAGUUCAAGGGGACGGCGUUUAGGGAUGAGAGUUUUGUUGGACUCGAGAGUGUUCCCAAGGCGUUGCAGGCGCUUGGAGGCCGCGAGACUUGGGGUAAGGUCGUGGUCAAUGUGAUUGACGAGGAGCAGGCCAAGAGUAAGCUCUAGUGGAGGAGUUGCGUGGAUAUUAGAGGUUGAGGUUAUUACCAGGGUACGGUAGAAUCUAUCAUGCAGCCAAUAUAACUUGUCACAUCGUUCAUUGACUUAUGAUAAAACUAUCUGAGGCGGGC